AUGCCACACAUCCUCCUCCGCGCCCUUCGACAUCGGUCGACCCCGACUUUGCUGCCUUCGAGCCAUCGACAGCAUGCUGCAGCUCCUGUAGCGCGUCCUCCACCGUUAAUACCGUCAAUCGUCGUCACCAUUCCCGAGGAAGAAGGCGGCUCCCACUACUGCGCUCUUCUCGGGUCUCCCUAUCCAGCGACAGACUCUGGUAUAAUCGCUGCCACAAACGCUGCUGCUACAAUGCUCCAUUCAAAUCGCAUGUACGCACCCUACGAAGCGACUUCUCCGAAUGAAGAGGAGCUCCCGUUGGAGACUGUCGACGACUUUGGAGCUUCGUAUUCCUCUUCUGGAUUCGAUGCGCCUUUGCCAGACUUUGAGGCGCUCGAGGAGACGAUUUCUCAGCUCCGAAACGCAGAGCACGCGCCCGUAUUUCGUCGUCCAUCCUCACGGUGCGAAGAGGACGGCAUCGUGAUGCCGAGACGAAAAUCGGCGCACGCCGACGCCGACGUGCCGCAAUACGUGCACGAAGCUGGAGCCGGUAGAGGCUUCUUGCCCUCGGGAGCCAAGAAGACGAGUCGUCCGCGUCCGCCUCGAAGAGUGCAGAGCUCGCCUGUCCCACACGACGUGGAGCAAUUUACAGAUGCCCAAAACGAUUCGCUGUUCUUUUCGUCCGAGCUCGCUGCUCGCGAACGUGUAUCAAGUCCUCCGCCAAAGCCAAGCCUAUUCCGGCGGUUCUCAAAGAAGCAGCGUCCAGCUCCACUCAGCUCCAUUUCAUCCGACUCCUUUGUGGCUCCUCGAAAUGUCGUGUCACCUCCGCUCACUUCGCCAACGGAUCCGUUUGCGUUUGACCAGACGUUGCCGACGUCUCCAACUCAGGAAGGAUGGAACUCGGACGGAGAGCCCAAACGAAGAAAGAGGAGUAGUCUUAAAAGGCUCCUCUUGCUGGAAAAGCGCGAACGCGCAAGUGUUGUCUACGACACGAUGCAGUCCAUCCACGAGGUGUCCACCCAGGCCACAGUCGAAUCUCCGGACAACGGAUACACCAUGCCAAACUGCUUCAACGACAUUGACGAGCGGGAGACGCAAGAGUCUGACCGAGACAAACCUCUUCCGCCGCUUCCACUGCCACCCUCACAAAGCGCUGGCAGUUCUGACGAAUACGUCGAAGUGCAAAUAUGUAAUAGCCCAGUACUCUUUGACGUUGUCACUGCCAUCCGGGAUAUCCCUCCGGAGCCAGCAUACGAAGAGGUUCAAGAGCCCGUCGUUUCCGCCACUCCAAAAGCAAAGGAAGCACCGUUAAAGUCAAUCAAGCGCAAGUUGUCCUUGAAGCGGCUAAAGGAGCGCUUCUCCUCCACCCCUACUCCAGCUCCACCUGUCCCUCCGAUGCCCGUCCAAUUUCGGCCAGUAACACGACCGCCAAUUCCAUCCGUCGUCAUUACUGCUCCUAUGGACUGGCCCAUGUCGCAUGUCGAAACCUUUAUGGACGAAUCUACAGUCUCACCUCGUGUGACAUCCGAGACCUUAGUGUCUGCUCCUAUCCCCGACGAAGAUUCGAACCUCUCGACGAGUAGUGAGGACUCUUCUGGCUCAUCUGCCAUCGACUCUUCUGCUCUCCCUUCCCCGGACAGCACGCCGCCAGCGACGCCGGACCACAUCGUCUCUGUGGGCUCUGUCUUUGAGUCACAACAGGAAUCCAUCAAGGAUGGUCACACCAAGCAAGUCAACGUUGACGUGCAAAUCGUCACCCCACUCUCUCAUGUCGAGAUUGAUGCUGGCAUUCCUCGGUCGCCGGGGCGCAUCGAUCUAGGCUCCCUGGAUGCGCGAGUAGCCAUCGUCACCGCGUGA